AGGAAAACUUCAGUGCAUGCUUAUUAUUAAUUUACAUUUAUUUAAUGAUAAAUGAUAAAAGAAAUAACAGGAAAGUUAUUCCAACUAUAAUUAAUGCGUAUAUUACACUCUACUAUCCAAUUGCUGAAGAAAUCGGCUAAGAUUCUGAGUCAACAACGUGUUUUGCAUACAUCUGGGAUGGCCUGCAGUCGAUUCGAAUACGUUAAAAAUUACGAACAGGACGACAGUAUCCUGCCAAAUGUUUGGAUUGUGAUACGUUUAGACGGCAAAGGAUUUCAUAAAUUUUCCAAAACACAUGACUUUGCCAAGCCCAAUGAUACAAACGCUCUUAAUUUGAUGAGCACUGCCGCAGUAGCUGUGAUGGAAGAAUUUCGUGACAUAAUACUGGCUUAUGGUCAAAGUGAUGAAUACUCAUUUGUUUUUCGCAAAGAAACUAACGUUUUUAAUCGGCGCGCCGCAAAAUUAUUGACCUAUGUUACGAGCUUAUUCACCUCAGCAUAUGUGUUUAACUGGUGCUCGUUGAUGCACAGUAAACCUUUGCUCUAUCCGCCAUGUUUUGAUGGCCGCAUCGUUUUGUAUCCAUCGGAUCAGAAUUUAUGUGACUAUCUUAGCUGGCGUCAAGCUGAUGUACACAUUAAUAAUUUAUACAAUACAGCUUUUUGGAAUUUGGUACUACAAUCAGGUCUUAGUAAUCAAGAAGCAGAAGCUGAAUUGCGUGGUACAUACUCCGCCGACAAAAAUGAAAUGCUCUUUACAAAAUUUGGCAUAAAUUACAACAAUCUGCCUGCAAUGUUUCGCAAAGGUACAAUACUGCUAAGAAAGCGCGUGAAAACGACAGGUGAGGAUGGUUUAAAUAGGCAGCUGAUUGUACCGUAUCACGAUGAUAUGAUACGUGCAAAAUUUUGGAAAGAACAUAGUGAAUUGUUGGGCAAGUAUAAGCCGGGCGAUUUUUUAUGUACUUCUGAUGACAUUUCCACUAUACUGAGUUAUCAAAUAAAGAAGUUGAGUAUAGGCGGCGAGGAAAAGCAAAAAGGUAUCGAAAAUGUUAGUUAGCAUUAAAUUAAUAUAAGUUGUAUUAUUUGUCUGCAAAAUUAAAUAAAAAAUAUGUAUCUAUACAUUCUUAAAUCUAAUCCGAA